AUGGCCGCGGCGUUGGGAAUAUUCUUUGUAGAAUAUAUCGCCACGACAAUGGCUAGCAGUCUCGAGGAAGAGCAUUCUCACUCUCUUCCUAAAUCGGCUGAGGUUGCCUCCAGCUCCGAAGAUGAUCAAUUUGGCCAUUGUAGUGGCGAGCUCGCUGUCUUGUCCACGAGUGCUCAAUCUCUAGGUAUUAUCAUUUUGGAAGCUGGUAUCUGCUUCCAUUCUGUUAUUAUUGGCAUGGAUCUUAGUGUUGCCACUGGCUCCGAAUUCACCAGUCUUUGGAUUGCACUUAUAUUCCAUCAGAUGUUCGAAGGUCUGGGUCUAGGUUCACGUAUUGCCGAGUUCCAUGAUGUCAAAACUAUCAAACCGUGGAUUUUGUCCCUCCUAUAUGGCGCAACAACGCCGCUUGGCAUUGCAAUUGGCAUUGGUGUUCGUUAUAGCUAUGAUGCCAAUUCUCCAACUUCCCUACUGGUUCAAGGCAUCCUCGAUUCCCUCUCAGCUGGCAUCCUCAUAUACACCUCUUUGGUCCAGCUGAUAGCAUCCGAUUUUGUUAUUGACCCCAGUUUCCGCAAACAGCCUAAAACGUAUCAAGUUUCGGCAUUCGUUUUGUUGCUGCUUGGGGUUUUGGUUAUGUCACUUAUCGGUAGAUGGGCAUAA